AUGCAGCACCUCAAGGAGCUGUUGUUGCAGCAGAGCCGCCGGUCGGAAUACUUGGGUCAAGAGGCCGCUGCGCGGGACUGGGAGCGAUGGGAGCUACUGCAACAGCUGCGACAAAGAGACGAGCAGCUGGAGUAUGAAGAGAAUGCAGCGGCCAAGCAACGAAUGGUGCUCAACAGCGCCCGGGCAGGUGCCCGGCACUACCGUGCCGUGUGCUGCCUUCGAGCCUGGCGAAGCCACGUGCAGCAGCUUUGUGCUGAAAGAGCACUUCUUCGGGCGAAGAACAGGCUUACCAUCGGGCGCUCGCGGCACGCUGGCACACUGCUGCGUGCCGUCUUAAAACACUCCGUGGAGCGUCAGCUCACCUUUGGCCUCAACGCGCUGUGGCUCAACUCCGCCUCCCACGCUUUGCCUCCCACGCUGCAACCGGAGUCGCCAUCUUCCAGCCAGAG